AUGCCGCCACUGCCGACGAACGUCCCCUGUCUGAGCCGCACCGAGGGGUUUCUUCCUAACCCUAAUUGCGCAGCAGGCUUGCUUCGACCAGGGUUCGCCCAGCAGCAAUCAGCGGGGGAAUCGCCGCCCACGUCGCGACCACAGCGCUCGUCGUGGGAUCUGCCGCCCACGUCGGGAUCAAAACAGACAGGGCCAUGGGAUCUGCCUCCCUCUUCACGCGCCCCUGCCGCAUGGGAUCCUUGGGGCAACCGCUUCACCGAACACCAGAUUCAUAGCAGGCACUCAUCAUGGGACCUUCCACCCACGUCGCGAGGUCAGCACUCAUCGUGGGAUCGGCCAGCCGCGUCGCAUUCGCACCAUGCGCAGGCACCGCCAUGGGGAUUUCCCCCCUCUUCUCUCACGACCGCGGAUUGGGAUCCCUGGGGUAUUCGGUUCCCAGAUCACCAAAUUCAAAACGGUCACACGUCGUGGGAACCCCAGGAGCAGCGACAACCCGCGUCCUUACCGAUCACGGAUAAGUCGUACGGGUUAACAACUUCCGUUACUAGCAAGAGCGUAGUACCUGUCCCAGCAGCUGUGCCUGAGCAGACCAUAUCUCAGCCUGUAACAUCUAAUGCUGGGCCAUCUGGUUUCGGUCGAAUCGAGACUCCACCACCUUCUUUGAUAACCCCAGGGCAUCUGUUACAGUCUGGACUAUCUACUGCUUUUGCACCUCAAUCUAUACAAACAACACAUAAGGAUGUGGAAGUAGUUCACGUGUCAUCAAAGCCUGUGGCUGACUCAUUAGCUCCUGGAGCAGCGGAAUCUCAACCACCUAUAUUACCAUUGCCACCAAAUAGGGCGUGGCGGAAGAGGCUCUGGGAACCUGCGGCCGGUUAUGAAAUUUUUAGUGAAGAUUUUGAUUUUUUGGCAUAUGAGGAUGAGGAUGAUGUUGAAUUGCCUAAUGUUGAGGUCAAGCCUAUUUACAAUAAGGAUGACUUCUUUGAAUCCCUUUCUUCCAAUGCCCUGAACAAUGAUCCUAAUCAUGGAAGGACAAGAUACUCGGAGCAAAUAAAAUUAGACACAGAGACGUGUGGAGUAUAUUCAAGGUAUCGAGUUGGAGUAGGGCGCACGAAUACUAUGUGUUCGCUGCCUUCAAUCGCAGAACUACCGGCGGUUACAGACCCAGUUCUGUCACCGGCUGUGGAGUCGCCCUCCAUAGCUCCGCGCACAGACCCGAUUAGGGUUCUGUUCGAGCAGAUGAUGGCAGGUUUAGCGAGAGUGGAGACACGCAUGGACGACUACGUUCGCCGCCCGUCUUAG